UUAUACUCAAUAGCAAGCAAGACGAUUACAGGACAAAAAUAACCAGUCCUUGUAGAACAAGUUUAUUCAACAAACAUGUAACGCCUCCUCCCAGAUAAAAAUGCAAAUACCGAGCAUAUAUUCUCUGUUACGUUAAUAGUCACUCACUACACAACAAUCCCAUGUAAUUUACUCUCACAAGUGACGCCAACAACCCCCCAAGCUCGGUCCUCUCACACCAUUCACCAACCCAUCAGCACUCUCAAAACCUUCUACUCUUCCUCUCCCGUCUCAUCACAACCAGCCGGGCUGAGCUCUGUAAAACUCACGGCCAACCCCCCGCAGACAGCUGUCAUAUAUGUAUAUUUUUGCUAGGAUCCCCCAAGAAAGAAAGAGAGGAGAGUUUGUUGUUGGAUUAUAAUCCUACCCUAUCUAUCACUCUGAUCUCCGUAACAUAGAUUUCCUCUCUUUAUAGGCAGGAUUCAGAGGUCCCCAGGUAUCAUGGAAAAAAGCUGUCAUUCCUCCACCACCAUCCCCAAUCCCGCCGCCGCCACCACCACCACCACCAAUACCAGCAGCUCUCUUAGCACCACCACCACCUCCUCCUCCUCCUCCUCCACCACCACCACUAGCUCUCACAUCCAAACCUCCCUCAAGUCCCUCAACAAGGCCUCUUAUAAGAUCUCUAAGCCACUCCCCAAAAAUCCAAACCCUAACUCCGCCCGCCCCUCCCUGCCGCCCGCCGCGAUAAAUAGCGGCGGCGCUCCGCCCCAGCAGUCGCAGCCCCCCGUCUACAACAUCGACAAGAACGACUUCCGCGACGUCGUCCAGAAGCUCACCGGAUCCCCCACCCACCACCACCCCCGCCCGGCGGCGCCUCCUCCUCCUCCUCCCCCUCCCGCCGCCGCUCCCGCCGCCACCUCCCGCCUCCAUCGCAUCCGCCCGCCGCCCCUCGCCCAUCUGGCACCCCAGCACUCUCCACUUACCCCCGCUCCCCCGCCGCUGGCCGCCUCCGCCGCCGACGUCUGGACGAGGCCCCCCCUCUCCCCGCUCCCCCCCUUCCCCACCGUCAGCGCCGCCGCGGAGUCGCCCAUCUCCGCCUACAUGCGCCGCCUCCACAGCGGCGGGGGCGGGCAGCCUCCGCUGGUUCCCUCGCCGACGGCGGCGGCGGCGAUGCUGCUCCCCCCGCCGACUUCGCCGCUGGGGUUCGGGUGCCUGCCGUCUCCCCGGUCAGCGUACCAGAUGAUGCUCUCGCCGGGCAUGGUGUUCCCGACCUCGCCAGGAGUGCCCUUGCCGAGCCCGAGGUUGGGGGAUCCGUGAAGGGGAGGGCUCCGAUGCUUCCUUUCUCUGGAUCAGCCUACUCUCCAGCUCAGAAGGUAAGCCCUUUCUCUGCCGCAGAUCUGCUAGGGUUUAUCUUUGAUAUCCUUCCAUGCGUUCGUUAUUUUACUAUUCCUGUAAAUAUGUACUCUUAAAGUUUAAUCAGCAUUUUUGAAGUCAUCAGGAGAGAUCUGAUGCUGGCGAAAGUGGAAAAAAAUAUGUUCAUCUUUGUAAAUGGAUGAUGUGGACGUAGAACCCUUUCAAAAAUGUUGUUGUUUGGUGCUUGAAAAGAAUGACACCUUUGGUUAGACAUCCAUAUACAUAUUUUUUGUAAAAUGAUGGUGGUAUGGUGUUGAAUUGUAUUGUAUUUUGGUCUGUUUAUGAAGAAGUUAGUGUGCAACAAGUUUUCUUAUGGUGAAAUGGUUUUGAUGCUCCUAUUUAGCCCUCUUUUGAGGUGAAAUAAGAGAUUGGAUAAAGAAAAGGUCAAACUGUUUCUCGUUUCUGUCAUCCGUGAAAUCAAAUAGCUACGUAUAAUAAGCUGGCCUUGUCUUGUGCUUUCUCAUAGUUCCGUUCUUUGUUUGUGUAAUUUUGAAUAAGCCUGCCUUGAUCUGCUGCCUGUCCACUAGAGAGUGACCUUUGGAGUUAAAAUCACUAUUUUUGAGCUGCCUGGGAAACUAGCACGGGACAGCCACCUAAGGGUUACAAUCUGGCAAUGGAGUUAUCUUGAAUUGGCUGCUCGAUCGAUUAGUUCUUCCUUAGUAUGAACCAAAUGGAUUGUUAAUUUUGAUGAUCGUAAUGACAAUUCUGAAACAUCACUUGAGCGUAAAAGCAUGCAUGCAUACUUUGCUUUUGGGAUGAGAUUGGGCAUUGUUUAUGGUAUCUAACCACAUAGGGGUAAGAUUAUUGUAUUGCCCUUUUAUGUAAUUCCCCAAAAUAAAAUUUAAAUUUUGGAGCGGAUGAAUGGAGAAUAAUGAGACUGAGCCUUGAUGAUUUUUUUGUUUUUGGUCCGUACAAUGCCAACGCCGAUUUGUCCUUGGUGUGGACACGAGUACUGGAUUGAUUAUUUUGCGGGAUCACGGUCGUCGCAGGAGGACGGUCCAGCCACUUUCGUUGUGGUUAGAUUGAUUUAUGUUAUUUUUUAUUUUAUGUGGGUAGGAUUAAUUUGCAUAUUGUCAUUUGAGGACCUUUUUCGAAUUGUUUUCUUCGUAGGAACCUAUUUGUUAUUUUGUGGUCCUAUAUAUAUAUGGGGCAUGCAUUUGUUUAGAAUUAAUGAACGAUGAAUGAACAUUAAUCUUCUUUCUUCUUCCUCUUCUCUCUUCUCCUCUUCUCCUCUUCCCCUCUGCCUCUCCUUCCCUACCUCCGUGCUGCAUCAGCUUUGGUAUCAGAGCAGGCCCGACUUUGCAUCUGUUGCUGAAGUCAAGGGAUCCAGUUUAUGGAUGGACACCCGCGAUUCUUUUUCGGCCUUUCUCUCAUCUGCAUUUUGCUGGAGUAUUUGCACCGCAAACGCCGGAACGCACGGAGGAUCGCUACACGGCACACAUUCCGAAAAAAAGGGUCGUUCCCUUUCUUCUUUGUUCUCUUCCCUCUCCAUCAUCUCACCCCCUGUGAAGAGAAAAGGGGCAAAGCCCUCCCGUCGGUCGCUUCCCACCCAGCGCCAUUCCACCGAUCUCCUUCGCAAGACGCUGAAGCCGCCUUCGUCCCCCACCGUCGCUGCCUCCACCGCUGUCUCCCUUCCCUUUCCUUCCUUCUCUCUCGGGUCUCACACAGAGAGGGAAAACCUCGUCGCCGGGUACCCCCACAGCGGCCCGGGAGGCAAGUAAGCCCGCCUGCUCGUCGUUUUCUCCUCCAGUCGUCGUUGUGCAUGCACCAACUACCGUCACCGCUUCGCCGCGCCGCCGAUUCGCCAUCAGACACCAUCGUGUCUCCCCGAAAACUUCGGCCGCAUCUUGCUGCCACCAUCUGUGGCCGGAUCCAGGAGAAGGACGCCGCCGCCCCACUCGACGCCGCUCUACUCCACCGGCGCAACGCCUCCCCACAACCACCGCCGCGAAAUCAGGCGUGAUCCAUUGGAAUCGUCGAAGGUGGAAGAUGGUCUACAGUGCGGGUAAGGCCUAAACCCGUUAGCCCAUCAUCCAUUAGCCCGAACCAAUUCAAAAAAAAAAAAAGAAUAUUGCGGAUCGGACUGUCUUCAUGGGUUGGGUCUGUUAACCCGACAACCCGAGUCCAUUUGAGUUAUUUAAAAAAAAACAAAAAAUUGAAUUGCUGCAUAUGACGCAUAAGUCACGCACGUGCGGGAGUUUUCUUCUUUCCCUUAUUUUCCCGACUGUCUCUUCCUCGGUAUCUCCAAUCACCGCUUCCGCCACCCCACGCCGUCCCCGCUCGGCUGUUACCACUUCCGCCCACUACCACCAAAUUUUUCUUUUUUCUUCGCACCACCGCGCCGCCCGCCUCUCCCCUCUGCCGCAGUUGCUGCUACUCCGCUGGACGCUCGCCGGCCCUUCCGUGCCCACCACCACUUCCCACGCCCCUCCCACCACCGCCAUACCCUUUGUCUUCCACUGCUAUCAGCGCCCCCGCUCUUUCCCCACCGCUGCUGCCACGUCUGCUGCUGCACCACUGCGCCGCGCGCCGCCCCCGCUCUUCCUUGCCGCCGCUCGCCGCUGCUAGUCGCCGCCACGCCGCCGCUUGUAAUUGCCGCCGUCGGCUGCCACGCCACCACUGUCAUCUCUGACAACCCCCACCACAGACCGCUCCAACCGCAGCCGCCAUCAGCUGCUCCGACCGCCUCCACAGAAGCUAUCAUAGUGACGACCCUACGACGUCGUUGACCACCCUCCCGGUCCUGUUUCAGCUUGAUCAUCUUUCGCGUGCAGAAGUCUCUCUCUAGACCAGGGUUUCCUUUAGAGGUUGGAUCAAAAUCAUAGUAACCUGAUCAAGUGGCCUUCAUCCCUGCUGUGGUAUGCUCUGUUACCGAGAUUGCGAACGUUGAUCUCUACUCAUUAUUUCUUUGGAUAAACCUCAUGCUUUCUUUAACUUUUUAGGAUACCUGGCUUGGCACGCUUGCUAUUGGAUUUGUUUUGCCAUCAACAUCAUAACCUUCAUGGUUUCUCUUUUCGGAGCCACUUUGUUGCUUCCUGUCACUCUAACAUCAUUUUGCUUUAAGCAUCAUGUCAGUCAUAUUCUGCAACUGACUUGCUGACCAUUGGGUGACCGACCUAUCUCAAACCUCUUUUGUUACAUUAAUCUCUUAAGGUCCUCCCUGUUCCAUUGUUGGACCCACCGUUCACAUUAGGUUGAUUAGUGUACCUGGCGGGAGACGUUAUGGAUUAUGAUCCAGGUAUAAUCCACAUAGAGGAUGGACAUUUUCUUAAUCUACUAUAAUUUGUAUGCAUUAUUUUUUGUUUUUAUCUAAUUGUUUUAUAAUGGAGACGUGGUUCAUAUGCAUACACUGUUUUGUGA